AUGGCGGACUUCAAGGUCGUCGACGUACGCGUCGACCACUACCGACCUGGCAACACACUGGGAAUUCACGUCACGAAACCUCGUCUGUCAUGGAGAUUUGAGAACGCGCCACCAGGAUUCAAACAGGGGGAAAGAACAAUCAGAGUAUCGCGACAUUCUGGAUCUGGGUUUGCCGCUAUCGGCGAAUACUCUAGCAGUGACUCCGAUACACAAGGAUUGCCUUGGCCUAUUGAUGAGGCAAUCUCGUCUCGAGAAAAAUACCAAAUCGAAGUUCGAGUUCGAGGUACUGACCACGCGGAACUAUCCUCGUGGAGCGAGCCAUAUGUCUUUGAAACAGGUCUGCUGAGCCGCAGGGAAUGGAGUUGUGCACGCAUUUCCUCGCCGUGGGCUGAGGACGGCAAAGAUGCACCACAGCCCGAAGACUUGUUUCGCAAAGAGUUUACAUCUGAAGGGAACAUCCAAUCAGCAAGACUCUAUGUCACGGCGCAGGGUAUCUACGAAGCUGAAAUCAAUGGGAAGAAAGUUGGCGACUAUUUCCUUGCCCCUGGCUGGACUGCAUACGACGGCAGACUCCAGUACCAGACAUACGACAUCACCGAGUACAUCACCUCUUCCAACUGCAUCGGCAUCCGCGUGGCCGAAGGCUGGUUCAAUGGCCGCAUUGGAUUCGAAGGUGGUCGGCGAAACAUCUGGGGAACGAGGACUGCGCUCAUGGCCCAGCUUGAGAUCAAGUAUGAGGACGGCACACUCAAGACCGUCGUUACAGAUGGCACUUGGAAAGUAUGUCGUGGGCCAACGAAGCUCGCCGAAAUCUAUGAUGGUGAAAAGUACGACGCAACCGCAGAAAUAAACGGAUGGUCGACAACGUCAACUCUGGGAGACUGGAAAUCUGUUGUGACUCUUCCAACGAUUGAUAACAGCAUCGAGUUAAUUGCUGGUUUCGGUGAACCCGUCCGACGUCUGGAUAGUAUCAAGGCCGUCGAGCAGAUUAAUACUCAGUCAGGGAAGACGAUCUUGGACUUUGGCCAGAACCUCGUUGGAUACGUCCGCAUUCAAGGCGUCAAAGGCCGACGGGGGGACAAGGUAACUCUGACUCAUGCUGAAGUCAUUGAGAACGGCGAGUUAGGAACGAGACCGCUACGUGAGUGCGAAGCAAAAGAUGUCUACACUCUCAAAGGAGACGAGAAUGGAGAAUCUUGGGAACCGCGCUUCAGCUUUCACGGCUUCCGCUACGUCCAGGUUGACGGGUGGCCUUCACCAGACAUUGAUCUUACCAACGCAUUAGAGGCCAUCGUUUGUCACACGGAUAUGCAGGAAACCGGUGCGUUUACCUGUUCCGACGCUCUGUUGAAUCAACUCUUCAGCAACGUACGCUGGUCGAUGAGGGGAAACUUCUUAUCCCUUCCAACUGAUUGCCCGCAACGGGACGAGCGUCUUGGAUGGACUGGGGACCUCGCUCUAUUCGCACCUACUGCUACGUUUAUCUAUGACUGCUUUGGCAUUCUGAAGAACUGGUUAGCCGACGUCGCCAUCGACCAAAAGGCCCUGGACGGAAUUCCGCCAAUGGUGUCGCCCAACGUUCUUGUUGGCCAUAAGAACUGGGGCAAGAUCACCGCUAACGCCAUCUGGAACGAUGUGGUUGUCCUAGCACCUUGGGCUCUUUACGAAGAAACGGCUGACGCCAGCAUUCUCCAAGAUCAAUACGAGUCCAUGACAACUUGGCUUGAAAAUGUGCCUAGAAACAAGACAGGCGCGGUUCACCUUUGGGACUUUGAACUGUUCCAGCUAGGGGACUGGCUGGAUCCCAAUGCUCCUCCGGAUGAGCCAAUGAAGGCACUGACGGACCCUCCUCUGGUUGCCAAUGCGUUCCUAGUUAGAUCACUCUACCUGAUGAGCAAAAUCGCCACCGUUCUACAGAAGCCCGCGGACGCUGAGCGCUACCGUCAGGAAGCAGAGGCAGGUCGCAAGGAGUUCCAGGAUGAGUAUGUCAGUGCCAACGGGCGUCUGACAUCGGAUUCUCAAACCGCGUAUGCUCUCGCAAUAGCCUUCGACCUUCUCUCCCCGUCACAGACCAUACGAGCUGGGAAUAGACUUUCCGAGGUCGUCAGGCGCAAUGGAUUUAAAAUCGGCACUGGCUUCGGCGGUACUCCUUUCAUCUGCGAGGCGCUCACCCGCACAGGUCACAGCGAUGUUGCGUAUGCAAUGCUCUUGAACCGCAAUUGUCCAUCUUGGCUCUAUCCCGUCACAAUGGGUGCGACAACAGUUUGGGAGCGUUGGGAUAGUAUGUUGCCCGACGGAACUAUCAACCCUGGUGACAUGACAUCGUUCAAUCACUAUGCCUUUGGUGCUGUGGCGAAGUUUCUCGCUGAGCGGCUGGCAGGUCUGCAACGUUUAGAGCCUGGUUGGAAGAAGUCAAGGGCGGAGCCAGUACUGGGUGCUGAGUUUACACGUGCGUCGGCGUCACACAUCACGCCAUAUGGCAAGGUGUCUUGUUCAUGGCAGCUGAACAACAAAGGCAGCGGUGUAUCACAACUCAAGGUCGACGUCGUUGUCCCGCCGCUCACGGAGAUGGAGGUGAUAUUGCCUGAUAAUGAGGGGAAGAGAGUUGAGCUUGUUGGAUCUGGAGAGUGGACUUUCGUUGCCGAAUACAAGCGGGAUUACAAGUGGCCAGUAAAGCCACUUUCUUUCUUCCCGGAGUAG